AGUGUCAAUUAACCAACCAGUAGCUAAGCCAGUUUCGUAACAUGUUUUUUCCAUCUGUUUAGGCACUGUGCUUUAUUUUGGGAAGUUAAUGGCCUACUAAUUCGAGUUAUUAAGUUUAAAAAACUCAUUUGUAGUUGUAAAAAGCUCGUCUGUUAAUGAGAACUUGUUGAAGAGUGAACAAGUCUAGCACAUAUGUUGACACGAUGCUGCUCUAUACGAUUUUUGAGAGAAUGUUCGAUGAGCGGGAGAGCACAAGUUGGGGUUCUCUCAGAUCUAUGUAUAGGAAUAGUUAAACGUAUAAGGCAGAGAAAGCCUCAGCACUUGGCGGGCCCGCCCGAUCGGUCCAAUCAGUCGCCGGUUCGUCGUUCAGUGCGUCGCGUCGUUUUGGGCUUUGGUUACGACACAGGGAACACGCGCUGCAUUCUUUAGCACUCGCUGAACGAUCCACAGAAUAUGGAGUACUGGCUGAAGAUCUCGCUGCUGCUUUGCACUUUCGGCUUCCUUCGCGAGCUGCGGCCAUCGGAGCCGUAUGUGACCGAAUAUCUGGCCGGAGACUAUGGCAAUCUGACCUCCGAGCAGGUAUACCAGAAAGUCUAUCCCUUUGGCACGUACUCGGUGCUAGCGCAAUUGGUGAUUGUGUUCCUCAUCACGGAUCUGGUGCGGUACAAGCCGGUGAUCGUUCUGUCCGCCGUCGCUGGGAUCGUGCUGUUCGCCAUGCAGAUAUGGUGCGAUACCCUGGGAAUGCUACAGGUUGCCCAGCUCUUCUAUGGCUUCUUCACGGCCGCCGAGGUGGCCUACUACACGUACAUCUAUGCCAAGGUGGACAAGGAGCGCUAUCAGAUCGUCACCGGACACACGCGUGCGGCGAUCUUGAGCGGAAAGUUUCUGGGCGGACUGGUGGCCCAGAUUCUGGUGUCCACCGACAGCAUGGACUACGGGGAGCUGUACUACAUAUCGCUGACCACACAGAUCAUAUCGUUGGGUGUGUCCCUGGUUCUUCCCAGCGUGCCACGCAGUCUGUAUUUCUAUGCGAAUGAUGCCAGUCCGAGUCCGACGCCUGGCGGCGAGGAGAAGGUCCCACAAUUCUCACUCAAAAAGGCCUGUCGCCUGCUGUGGUACCACCUGGUGUCUUCAUAUUCGAACCGCAUUGUCCUGCAAUGGAGUGUGUGGUGGGCCCUGGCCACCUGUGGUCAGAUUCAGGUGAUAUCGUAUAUUCAGUUCCUGUGGAAGGAGGUGGCGCCCGAACAUCAGAGCGUCUACAAUGGCGGUGUGGAGGCAUUGGCCACCCUUCUGGGCGCCGUAGGAGCCAUUGUGGCGGGUAUGCUCAACUCGAACAAGCGACGCAGCUCCUAUAUGCUCAGCAAUUCCAUUUGCGCUGCUGUUCUGGGCGGUCUGUUGCUAUAUGCCUCACAAACCACUGUACUCUGGGUGGCCUACGUCAAUUAUGUGCUCUUUUGUGCCAUAUUCUUCUUCAUCAUAACUGUGGCAGGAGCCAUUGUGGCCGAGAAUCUGGUGGAGGACAGCUUUGGCCUCGUCUUCGGCAUCAACACUUUGGUGGGACUCAUGUUGCAGACGAUCCUCACCAUUGUCGUGGUGGAACCGGAUCCAGGCUUUGGCUUGGGCCUGCGAGAUCAGUAUCUAGUCAACGGAGGUUAUUUCCUCUGCUUGGGGGGAAUCUUUGGACUCUGGAUUCUCAUUGCAAAAAUACGUGCGCUUUGCAGUAAAGUGGAGUAAAUGGAAGUCCAUCAAUAAUAGUUCCUGGAUUAAUUCUUUCCUUCAUUUAUUGCCAAAAAGUAUGAUAUAGUGGUAUUAAGGCUAUAAAUUUAGUACUUUAAAUAGUUUUCGAAUAUAAUUUUGUAAAAAAUCGGGACAUUUUCAACAUAAAAUCGUGGUUUUGGCAGCAUAUUUCUAUAAAAGACACAUACGUUGUGUGAGACUGUGUCCGUCCGUCAGACUAGACUAUGUAAGUUACGCGAGUGCGAAUUUCCAUAAAUGUUAAAGAACAUUUUA